CAAUCAAAAGCCAUUGGUGACAGCCAUUGUUCUCAUUAGAGUCUCCGUUACACUCUCUUCUUGUUUCCAAUCUCUCUCUGCUCUAUUCUUCUAAAUUUCCAUGGAGAUUCUUCCAUCAGAUCCAAAGGGAGAAGAACUGGCCGUGAUUGAGGAGGAUGACCUGUUCUAUGAAGAGAUUGAGGCGCCAAAGUUUGUAGACUUCACAGUCCCUGAUCGUUCAAAGCCUGACGAUAAAUCCUGGUUCUGUCUUCGAAUUGGAUGUGAUCAACAGCAUGAGGAAGUUGAUCCCGAUGCUCUUUAUCGAAGUUUCUUAAUGCGGGUCAUGGCAGCAAGAAGCCCAAACAUCAAGCUUCAAAAAUCCUUAAACCCACAAGCUCCAAGUUCAAUUAAGAAAUGCCCGCGAUCUGCACCCGCAAAAUCAGUCAAAGACAGAAUCUCAAAAAUGAGCAGAAUCACUUCAAUCCCUGAUAAAAUGGCAAAUGAUAAGCUAAGAAACCAUCCAGUAUCUAGUUUGAGAUCAACCCCAAAUAAUACAAAGUCAAAAUCGCAACCUUCGACUAGUGAUAAGAAAGCAUUAACGACUCCAAGGGCCAAAAAAUGGCCGAGCAUCCAUGAGCCUUUCCGUAGUGUUAAGCCCCAAAAAGCUCCUGUUGAAGUCUCAAAGAUCAAAAGUGCUGCAAAGGCACUAUUUUUAGGAACUCCAAAGAAAUAUGACGAGGCUAGUAAAUCGAGCAAUUGUACCGCCUGUGGUCUAAAUAUCUUGGAAGUAAGUUGUAAGAAAGAUGAAGGGACUUCUUCUAUGAGUUUGAAGAAACCAAAUGAGCCAAGAGAAGCAGAUAUCAAUAGUAUUUCAAGUGAUCAUAGUGCAGUAAAGCCAAACACAGAAGAAAAUUUUCCAACUACAUCGGUCUUAAUUGUAAAGGAGGAUCACUCUGAGGAGGGUCCUAAAGAAAAUCUUGUUGUGGUGGAAGCUUUGAAUGAAAUACACACUCAAGCUGGAGUCAAGGAGAAUGUUGCUGAAUCUGAUGAUGAUAAAGAAAAUAAUUCUAACACAAGCAGAAAUGUGAAGUCAAGCACCACAAAUUCUGAGAAUGGAGUGCAAUUAGAGACUAAUGAGAAUAUCCCACAAAAGGAAAUAAGAGCUCCAAGCAAAAAAGGCCAAGAGCAUGGCUCUCAAGCAGGAAAGGUCAAGAGAACUACAAUUCUGAAGCCCUUCAGGCUGAGAACCGAUGAAAGAGGAAUUCUUAAGGAAGCAAACUUGGAGAAAAAAAUACAGCUCGAGGCUCUUAAAGAAACCACUAUGGGCAUCUUUAGGCAUGGAGAUGGGAAGCAGCAGAAUGGAAAGCCAACCCAAGAAAAGAAACAAAAAAUUAGUCCAGAUAAAGGACAGAAAGCUGAAACUAAUCAAACAAGAAAACCUCGAGUGAGAUUUGUUGAAUCCAGAUAUGCUAAAAGUAUCCCCAAGUGCCAUAAGUCAGAAAAUAAUAAGGAAAAUGAAGAAUCACAAAAAAAGAUUGUGAAGACAACAACAUCAUCAAGGCAAAUUCUAAAGGCUAAAAGUGUGACAGCAGCAAGUAAGGUGCAAACUUCUCGGUUAAUAGGGAAGGGAGCACUUGCUGCUAAGACUCAAGUUGAAGAGAAGAAAACGGCCAAUGCAACAUCUUCAAAAGGGAAGAGGCCUUUAGCUAUUUCAAAAGUAUCAAUUUGUCACAGACUCGACGCACCAAAGAGUUCCAGAAGGAGGCCAGAGAUGACAAAGCCAUGAAAACCGGUGCUCUCUUGUGUUCAAUAGUUUUAUUGAAUUCGUUUGAGCUAUUUCUUGUGUGAAAUUUGUGUGCUUCUUCACUUUUUGUGUACUCGGGAAUAGCGAUGUGCUUUUUCAUUUUCCUCUUUUGUUGUAAUGAGAUUGUGUUUUGAGUUCAUAGAAUCAAAACAGAAGUAUUUUAUAGAGAUAUGAAGUUGCCUUUGUUU